GGGGUCGCGUUUCUGCCCGUCUCGCGCGCCCGAAGCGGCUCGGGCAGUGUCCGGCGUCGCCCGCUCUUCGCCCGAAGCCCCCGCCUGACGCACGCGUGCUGACGGGGGAGAGCAGGGAGCGCUUCUCGCGCACACAGCUCGUGGUCGGGGCGCAGGGGAGAUGCCGGGCCGGGGUCCUGGGUCCGACUGGACAGAGAGCCGCUCUUUUGCGGAGCCACCCGCACCGGUUGGGGACGAGGGCGGCCGCGGCGGCGGAUCAGCUGGACGUUCUUAUUACAGUUCCAAGGGUACUGAUAGAAUCAAAGAUGGACACAAAGUGAAUUUACACAUAACCAAGCUGCAAGAAGUAUGGAAGACUCCUCACAUUCAAACAAUUCACAUCUCUAAGUCAAUGAUGGGUGCAUCCUUUCUAAAGCAUCCAGAUCUCACCAUGGGCCAGAAGCGUUACCUGUGUAGCAUUGCUAAGAUCUAUAAUGCAAACUAUCUGAGGACAUUAAUGAAGGGGCAGUACAUGAACGUGAUUCAGCGCAGCUCACUAAAGCCAGGUGUCCUCAUCCAUCACAGGAGUCGCCUCAGCUCUCGGUACUCACAGAAACAGCAUUAUCCCUGCACUACAUGGCGACACCAGCGGGAAAGAGAGGACUCUUCCAGCAACACAGCUGCAGCUACACCUGAGAUGAUCAUCCAACACUCUCUUUGGCGGCCAGUGAGAAACAAAGAAGGGUUAAAAAUUGGAUAUGCAUCUAAAAUAAGAUGUAAGUCACUGAAGAUUUUCAGAAGACCAAGCAAACUAUUCAUGCAAUCAGUUUCUUCAAAUGAUUCUGGAUCAUACAUGAGUGAAGAAAAAAAGGAAGACGACCUACUGAAUAAAUAAACAGGGUUUCCCCAAGCAGACCUCAAACUUGUGAUCCUCCUAUCUCAACUAUCAAGCAGUCCAGACUGCAAGUGCGAGUCACCACACUGGCAACGAGAGGAUUCUUCACAUUAUGUAUUCAAUCUAGUGUGCUUUCCAGCCAAAUGAUCAUGUUUGGUUUGUUUUUUUAAAUUUUUUGUUAAACCUUUAAAAAUGGUAGUAACAGCAGUAUGAAGAACCAGUGCUAAUUUAACAUGUAAAUAUGGUAUAUUAUUUGGAAACUAAAACAUGCGAUUAACAUUGUGACACAGAAAAGAGAGCUCUGAAAGGUCAUCUCAUUGACUUCACUUUAAUACUUAUAUCCACACAGUUUCAUUUGGUCUCUAAAUUUUUGUUUUUUAAAAUUAAACACAGGUUAUCAAGAAAUUAUAAAUGAACAGUAAACAGUACUAGAGAAGAGAAUGUAUACAGAAAGUCUAGAUUCUUUCUCUUCAUGCACAAUUUUGUAAUAAAGUCCAAAUACCAACUUUGAA